CCCCGUUGGUCCAAACCCAAAAGGCAAGAAACAAUUCUCACUGUCACCAAUUAUAGCGGCACAGUCAAGAGGAAACGUUCUAACCUGCACCAACGUUACGUUAUUUUAAUCGACAUCGGACGACACGUCAACGACCAUGAGAGUAUUGAUAGGAGGAGGGUCUGGCUUUGUGGGCCGUGAGCUGACUCGCCUGCUCAGACACAAAGGCCAUGAAGUCACUGUGAUCUCCCGCCAGCCUGGUCCAGGGAAGAUAACAUGGGCCGAGUUGGAGUCUCAUGGCCUCCCGCCGUGUGAGGGAGCCGUCAACUUGGCAGGAGAGAAUCUGAUGAACCCACUGAGAUGGUGGAAUGAAAGCUAUAAAAAGGAUUUGUUCUCCAGUCGCAUCGAUACCACAAAAUCAAUGGCUCAAGCCAUUGCCGCUUCCCCCAGCCCUCCUCACUCCUGGGUCCUGGUAUCGGGUGUAGCUUGCUACAAGCCCAGUCUGACAGCGGAGUAUACAGAAGACACUGAGUGGACUCCAUUCGACAUUCUCUCCCAGCUGGUGAAAGAGUGGGAGGCCUCGGCACUUCUUCCCGAGGAUGUGACAAAAAACACCAAACAAGUCGUCAUCAGGUCAGGGGCGGUGUUGGGCCGCGACGGUGGUGCCAUGAAGCAGAUGCUGCUCCCCUUCUGGCUCGGCCUCGGCGGCACCCUGGGCUCGGGGGGGCAGCCGUUUCCCUGGAUCCACGUCUCCGACCUGGCGGGCAUCAUCGCCGAGAGCCUGGAGCCGCCCGCCGCCCCCACCUCGCCCUCGCCGCAGGUGCUCAACGGGGUCGCCCCGGCGCUCAGCACCAACCUCGAGUUCACCAAAGAACUGGGCCGGGUCCUGAGGAGGCCCACUGUCUUCCCCGUGCCCGGGUUAGUGAUGAACGCCCUGAUGGGCUCCGAGAGGGCCGUGGUGCUCCUGCAGGGCCAAAAGGUCGUCCCGAAGAGGACUCAAGAGGCCGGGUACGUGUACAGGUACCCGGACCUGACCUCGGCCCUGAAGGAGAUCGUUGGGAGUUGACAGGUGUGGACAGAAUGUGUGCUUCCCCUGGAGACAUUCUGUGGUUGGGUGUGUUCAUAUUUCACGGGCUUUAAGAGACUUUUAACAAAACGUGACGACUCGCGUCCAUCGCUGCGGUCUGAGGAGUGUUUGUCAAAUCCCAUAAGAACAGAGUAGGAAUCAGGAGAGUUCCUCCAUGCCAAGCAAUACGCAGAGAAGCCUCGACUCAAGACAGAGGCGGGGAGGAGUCAUCCCCGCGUAACCUUUAGAGCAAACUACGAUCGGCGCGUUUGACAAAAGACGUCACAAAUUUGAUUGUUUCCCGUUUAGCCGCUUUUCGCACUUUUCUUUCGUAUGAACUCAAACGAGAGCAGACGUGCAAAACAAGUGGUGCUUUUUUUCCCGCUAAAAGGGAUGAUAAUCAUGAACUUUAGGCAACAAGCAGGAGGAAAUGUCUUCUCCUCCGUCUUCUUCAUCCGUGUUGCAAAUGGACUUUGAUUUGUUGAAGGUGGUGCAAAAUAAAGCUGGUUAAAAAA